CUACAAAGAGGUCAACAAAAUGAGGACAAGGAGGAUUCACGAUAAGAAAUACAAGAUCCGAUAAAGGAUGUGUCAGUAACCACGAUGAUAGAGGAAGGGAGCCGCGAGACGAAGCGCGCUUACCGAAAAAAUGAACUCAUAGAGGAGCCAAACUGUUGCUUCGACCGAAUAGAAGAUUCCAGACUGUUCUGCUGCAAAUGCGCGCACAAACGCCGCGCUUCCCCACUCACAUGCCUAGCAAUAUGUUUCUUAGUACUCACAUACAAUCUCUUAGGAGGAUUCCUCUUUCUAGCUAUAGAAGGGAACACGGUAAUAGAAGAAACAGCCGUAGCAGAGUCAAAACCGAACCUCAGCACUCAGGAGAGCGGAGAUUUGCGCUCGAAGACUGUGGAAAAGUUGUGGUCGAUAACAGAAGACUUGAAUAUACUUUACAAGGAAAAUUGGACGAAGCUAGCAGCGAAGGAGUUAAUGGACUUCCAGAAUAUACUGAUGAAGUCGGUGAGGGGGGUGGAUGUGGGAAGUCACGCGCAUUACGACGACGCGGAGUACCGAUGGACGUUUGCAGGGAGUUUUCUUUACGCCUUGACCUUAAUAACAACGAUUGGUCACGGCAACGUUGCUCCAAAGUCUUCAACCGGGAAGGUGGUAGCUAUUGUCUACGCGUGUGUCGGUAUACCCCUCAUCAUGCUGUACCUUUCCACCAUCGGUGAAGCACUCGCCAGGAACUUUCGGUCCCUCUACUCUAAAGUGUGUCCAACGCGGCUCAGAAGCGGAGACUUCCACGCAAAAGCGGACUGUUUGAGCAGAUACGCCAUACCCAGAAUAACAGACUGCGACAGAAAAGAAAAAUUGUACGAUCGACAAAAACGUACGCCAUUCCAAGCCGCACUUAACCUAGAUAGCUUCAGAGGAGGCUACCAUUGGACAUGUCGGGACCACACGAGAGUGCCAAUUUUACUUAGUCUACUAUUAAUCGCUUUGUACAUAGCGUUAGGUACAUUUGUAUUCCACGCGACGGAAAAAUGGAAUCUAAUAGACGGGUGUUAUUUUUCCCUAUCCAGUCUCGCAACGAUCGGCUUUGGGCAUUUGAAACCCGGUUUAUACGCUAGCACGGUAUCAGCGAAAGCUGAGGACAUUGCUGUGGGUGUGUGUUGUAUUUAUAUACUAGUGGGUAUAGUCGUUGUCGCGAUGUGUUUCAAUUUAAUCCAAGAGGAUAUGAGUGUAGCCGUGCGGGGUUUUACUGCGCUAUCUAUGGGCAGUGCCAAAUCGCGGGCUGUCCACAGCGUCGAAGCGUGCGACGACAAGAUAUCAAUGACUCUAGUUUCCUGACAUAGGGAGACGGCCGAUGGGCCGUCAAUAAAUUGCCACGAGAAGCGACCCCAAGUUAGUUUCAAGAUAGACAGCACUAAUCCGACGAAAUUUAAUAGCUUGCCGAGGAGGAAGUCGGCAGCGUACGGCGAGGAAAGUUUCCAGAGGAACACGCCAGCGCGCCGUUCAGCCGGACACGCUGAUCGCUGCGUCGAAUAUUUCGUUCCAAGAAGUCUGAGUGAGUUCAACUUAAGUGGUACGGGUAAUGAUUUCUGUGCUAUAAGCAGUUUCGGGGAAAAAACUCGAAGGGACAAACGUGAUAAAAUGGUGACGUUCGAGGACGAUCGGUCAAUAGCCGAGGUCCCUGGACAUACUCUGCCAGAUGACGUGUUUAUGUGACAAUUCACAUAGGUUUGUUGGGUUGAACAUGAUU